GAAGAAUAGGGAAUUUGCGAAACGGAGCCCGGGAGUUGGAUCGGAGCCCAUGGCAGGCUAAUGCUGAUGUAGUAAUUGGGGAAGGAAAUUGCAAAUCAGAGUCUCCGAUACCGUCCCGGCAACUGAUGAAUCCAAGAAGGUUUCCUUCCUUCUUCUCAAUCUGUUCCCAAAGCAGCCGCUUCAGACAAGCCCCUUCCUUCUACUAAAAACCCUAAUUUCGAUCAUUCAGCUUUGGUGUCUCCUCCUCCUCGGCGAUGAAACCUUCGGUUUUGCUGUGAAGACGACAAGCCUUUUGGAAAACAUAAUUUUGCGACUUCAAUUAUGGAUGCCAAAGACAUAUUGGGUUUGCCCAAAACUCCAUUGCCUCUACCCCAGGAAAAGAAGUCCAGGCCCCAGAAAGAUUCUCAAAGAAAACCAGAUGGUAUUUCGCGCGAGGUUUACGCGCUUACGGGUGGUUUGGCCCCUCUCAUGCCUUCCAUCGACGUUGCUCAACUGAAGCGCCGCAUUCAAUCAGAGAAUGAGAAGGUUACAUGGCAAUGGCUUCCUUUUACAAAUUCGGCUCGAAAGGAUAAUUUGCAUCUUUAUCAUUGGGUCAGAGUUGUAAAUGGUGUUCCUCCAACUGGCGACUACUCGUUUGCUAAGUAUAACAAGUCUGUUGAUGUUGUCAAGUAUACGGACGAGGAGUACGAGAAGUAUUUGACUGAUCCUAUGUGGACCAAAGAAGAGACUGAUCAACUGUUUGACUUAUGUGAACGGUUUGAUCUCCGCUUUAUUGUGAUUGCUGAUAGGUUUCCAUCAUCUAAGACUGUUGAGGAACUAAAAGAUCGCUACUAUAAUGUGUCUCGAGCCAUCUUGAUUGCUAGGGCUCCAUCUCCUGGUGAUGUUUCUGGUCACCCUCUUGUUAAGGAACCCUACAAUGUUUCUCAAGAGAUUGAGCGCAAGCGUGCGCUCUCUAUGGUACUUUCACAUACUAAACAGCAAGAGCGCAAGGAUGCUGAGGUUAUUGCUGAGGCCAAGAGAAUAUCUGAGGCACGCAUUGCUGAGAAGGCUGCUGAAGAGUCUGAAUUGCCAGUGCCCUUAAAUGUCACUCCCGAAGGCACUGAAAAGGUUACUGUGCCUAUUGACACUGCAUCGCCUUCCUCGAGUGUUCAGUUUGCUUCUUCAAAUGUUGCUCCUUCAACAUCAACUGCAGACAAUGCCUCUAAAACUGCUUCUCUUCGCUCACUCCGAGUUUACACACGAACAUAUGCACUUGACCAAAUGGUGCAAGCUGCAAGCUCAUCUGCUGGACUCAGGACUAUCAAGCGGGUUGAACAGACAUUACAAGAACUUGGGGUAAAUUUGAAACCAAAAGUUCCAACAAAAGCUGUAUGUGCAGAGCAUCUGGAGCUUAGAAAAGAAAUAUUGACUUUACUGAAUCUUCAGAAACAGGUUCAGUAUAAGGAGGCAGAAGGGUCAUCUUAUCGUGACAGUUCGUAUGCUGAAACACCAAACACACCUAAGCAUUUGCAGCGUGGUGUUGAUCAGGACCGUGCCUUCAUUCCUGAACCAAGUUUUGGAGGGGAAAGAGUCGGUAAAAGGGACCAUAAGCGGAAGGCACCUGGAAGGCCGUCGGAAACUCCAUUGGCCCAGUCUAAAAGGCCUCGGAAGUUGAAGGCUUCAGACGGAUGAAUGAGGGGUAAAUAUCACCAAAUGCUGUUAACUUUCUCAUGGUCUGUCUACCUCUAGAAGCACAGGUUGGAAGUGGUAGCUGUAAUUAUCAUUGGAUUUGCUGUGUGUGUGUGUGUGUAAGCAGAAGUGUGUAGAAGUUUCAACUGUACACAAGAGUUUUAGAAUUUAUCUUUUUGGGGCGUGCAAUGCAGAGCAGCGACGCGUUCUUGUGGUAAGUGAGCAGUUAAGGUAUUGUAUUAGCAAGAUCCGAGCAAAGUGGCGCGCUGUUGAAAGUUUAGGAUAGAUAGAUAGAUACCAUGAAAUAUGUUGCUCCGCAUCUGUUGGAUGGAUAUGAUCUAUUAUUAGUGCAAAGUACAAGUGCUUAUAUAAACUCU